AUCAUUAUCUGAACCACAGAUUUAUGGAGAGCUGGAGAGAAUGACGAUUUUAUCAACAUAUUCUUACCUAUAUUUUAUAACAUCAAAAUUUUCAAUGUAUGGAUUUUCAGUUUAUAAAAGUGUAUUUUUUAGUGUAUUAAAUCAAAUAUUAGAUAAUAAUAAUUCAAGUGAAGUAAUUAAUAUCUUGAAAAAUAUUGAAUCGGAUAUGAAUGUUAAGAAACCUCAUGAGAAAUGUAGAGUUGUUUAUUAUUUACUCAUUAUUGAACAAUUGGUUAAAAUAUUGGAUGAUGAUUAUUUGGAGAAUCAAGUAUUACCAAUGUUUAACGGACUUUUAUUGAGGAACGAUGAUAAGUACAUUUUUGAAUCGGCAAAUGCU